AUGACCGCUUCUAAAUAUACCCCCGAGGGGUGGUGCGGGAGGGCGAGGUCCGCCGCGGCGCCGCGGACGCAGCCAGCGCCGGCCAGAGCCGCCUCGGUCGCCGCGGACUCCACAUUCCAACGUCGCUUUGCUGCCGGUGCUGUACCCGUGCCGAGUGACUGUGUGACCGUCUUCAACCCGUGCGACGUAAGUGAUGUGCAGUGCAGUGUCCUUGUACAGUGUGUAGGAGAUCAGAGUGUCCUCGGGAACGGUUCAUGA